CAAAAAACCAAAUAUUUUAUUCCAUGUAAUAUCAUUUUUAUCAACAUGUGAAACACUUUCACACGUUUGAGGCACAACCAUAGUCCAUAAAAGUAGGAUAUUGGCACAGAAUUUACACAACAUCGAUAAGAAAACACAUAGAUAGGUCAACAUGGGUGAAGCAACAGCUCUUCCGGAACCAGCAGCAAUCAGCUCAACAAAAUAGAAGUUGACGCACCUUUGGCCACAGAAAUCCCAGUCGUUGAUGUUAGCCGACUGGUUUCCUCCAGUGAUGCUGAGCUCCACUCUGCUCUCACCACAUGGGGUUGCUUCCAGGUUGUAGCUUAUUUUCCUUUUAUAUGUAUGCUAUUCAGCACAACAAAAUGAAGCGAUUCUUGACUGCAGGCAGUUAAUCAUGGCAUGCAUAGAAAGCGCCACCCUGGAUGAAGUCCGCUUCCACCUGCCGAUGCUGGAGAAGCAGAAGAGAUACACCAGGAAAUAAUAUUGAAGGUUACAGCAGCUGUCCAUCUGUUGCCAGUAUCCAACAAAUCGAAUGGGGUCUGAUCUCCUGAAGACAGGAUAAAACUCAAAUUUUGGCCUCAGAAUCCAGAAUCUUUCCGAAAAGUAUUGGAAGACUACUAUGCUAAGAUAAGACAAGUGGAAGAGCGACGAGUAAUGAAGAGAGAAUCACUGAGAAAGGAACUGAUGUAAUCAGACAGUACAUUCCAACGUACAACUAUUCAUCUAGAACUACAUGAUAAUACACACUGGAAGCUAGCAUUAAGUCAAAUUAAGGCAUACAUCGUAAGUGAAACAGAAUACAGCUCAAGAGAAGAAAAAUAACAACUACGGAGAUUGCAAGGAUAGAAUCUCUCAUCGAUAAGAUAGUCUGCCAUCUGUACAUAAAUGGAUUCUCUACUCACAUACAGAACAAGGAAAUUGUGAUAUCUGAGGUAAAAAAAAAAUGAAAAAACACAGUAAAUAUGAGCUACAAAUAACCAGCAAGUACUCAUAUUCAUGAUUUGUAAAACUUAUCCAUUUCCAAUCUUUGGACCACACCACAGACUAUGAUGGAUCUUACAGCAUUGUUCAUUAUUAUCACAAGGCACUCACAUACAAGUUUUAAUCAAUAUUGCCAAGCAUAGAUGUGAUCCACAGUUACUGCACAACUUCCAUUUCAAAGUACAACCACAUGAAGGUCCAAAAUCAUGACUUUCCUUAGCUCCAUUUAUCAGGAGGGUCCAACUCCAGCUGAUAAGGUAUUAUGCAAAACAUGGUAAAUGAUAACGAAAGCAACCCAAAAAGAUUACAGACCACCAUAAAGAUACACGAGGCAAGGCAAUGAUAUUGAAGGUUACAGCGGCGAUCCAUCUGUUGCCAGCAUCCAACAAGUCGAAUGGUCUGAUAGGUUGCGUCUUCUAGUCGCUCCAGAUGACGGGAGAAAACUCAAAUAUUGGCCUCAGAAUCCAGAACCUUUCCGGUAUAAAAGAAUUGCAGGUCAUCUACUAAAAUUGAGUUCCGACUACAUAAUUGAUUGAAUCAAGUAACAUUUUCUAUGUACCUGCAGAAAAGUAUUGGAAGACUACUAUGCUAAGAUAAGACUUAACUGAUGAAGACUACUUUCUCAGAAAAAUCACCACCAUGUCUGCACAGUUCAACUACUAUCCGCCAUGUUCAAAACCUGAUCAAGUUAUUGGUCUCCGUCCACACACAGAUGGAACUGUAUUAACUCUUCUCUUGCAGGACAGCCAAGUACGAGGCCUUCAGCUACUUCACGACAAUAAGUGGUUAUCAGUUCCUAUAAUGCCUCAAGCACUGCUCGUUCUGGCAGGAGAUUUGCUCGAGUUAAUGAGUAAUGGAAUAUUCAAAAGUCCUAUGCAUAGAGUUGUUAUAAACUCGGAGGCCGAGAGGAACUCCGUGGCUAUGUUCUUCUCUCCUGAUGUUGCAGAAGAGAUUGAACCACUGGAUCAACUUGUUGAUGAAGACAGACCAAAAAUGUUCAAGAAAGUAACAAACUAUGCUGGGACUUUUUACAACUACCAUCACCAAGGGAAGAGGGCUAUAGAUGCACUAAGAUUAUAGUGUUUUUUCAUCUUCAGUAUACUGUGUGAUGCAGUAUGCAUAAAAAUAAUCAUAUGAUCCAUAAAUAAUGUAAUCAUAAGAUCAAUAAAUAAUAUAAUCAUAUGAUCCAUAAAUAACUACUCAAGAGUCUAGUCUACAUAAUUUGUCAUUGUUCUUCCAACUUUUGACUGGGGUAUUUUGAUCAAUUCAUAUUGCCAAAACCUCACUAAGAAAAAACUUAUAAUUCAAAUAUACGCGACAAACACAUGAAAAUCAAGCAGGACACCCAAAACUAUAUCAUCAGCACCUCGAAGCAUAUUUGGAAGAAGAACAGACUACGAGACGAGUAAAAGCAAAUGGCGAAAGCCCAGAACAUGAUAUAAUGAAGAGAGAAUCACUGGGAAAGGAACUGAUAUAAGCAGACAUUACAUUCCAACGUAGAAUUAUUCAUCUAGAACUACAUGAUAAUAGGCACUGGAGCUAGCAUGAUCCUGAUGAAGCUCACCUGAUACAAUAUCGUAUGUAAGUGAAACAAAAUACAGAUAAAAAGAAGAAAAAAGAACAACUACGGAGAUUGCAAGGAUAGAAUCUCUCAUUGAUAAGUUAGUCUGCCAUCUGUACACAACUGGAUUCUGUUGCUCUAUCACCAGGAUAACAUACAGAACAAGGAAAUGGUGAUAC